AUCUCGUCACUUCCGGGUGUCAAUAUGCGUCUCAGUACCGCAGCGAUAAGCAUCGGUAUGAUGUGAACGGGCUGAAAAGAUAAAAAAAUCAGUUUCCAAAGAAACCACGGGCUGCCGACUGCAUCGCAGACACUGCCCUUCUUCCUCCCCGUCCUCCGGUCGCCCGGACUAGCAGCGGAUUUCGCACCGACUGUCAGCCAUUUUUGCGCGGAUGGCCGCGGAGGUACGGAUGGCCCUCGGCCGGGGCCGGUGUCUGACGCUCGGCCUGCCUCGCGUAGGCCUUCACGGGAUCGUGCUCCGAUCUCUUCUCUUCAUCGUAGCUUUCAGCGGACUGGUGCGUGUGCCCGCGGCCACGGAAGCGAAAGAGUGCGAUAAACCGUGUAUGAACGGGCAGUGCAACACAGCCAGUGGCGUGUGUGUAUGUGAGCCGGGAUGGGUCGGGGACCAGUGCCAGCACUGCGGCGGCCGCUUCAGGCUAACAGGGCCCUCUGGCUACCUCUCGGAUGGACCAGGAAAUUACAAAUACAAGACCAAGUGCACCUGGCUCAUUGAGGGACAGCCGAAUUCUAUCCUGAGGCUUCGCUUUGAACAUUUCGCCACUGAAUGCAGCUGGGAUCACCUGUAUUUGUAUGAUGGAGACUCCAUCUAUUCUCCUUUACUUGCUGCCUUCAGUGGUUUGAUUGUUCCUGAGAGUUACAGCAACGAGACCUUCCCAGAGGUGGUGGCACAGUCUGGCUUCGCCCUGCUGCACUUCUUCAGCGACGCUGCGUAUAAUCUCACUGGCUUCAACAUCUCUUACAAGUAA